UGUGCGUGUGUAGGGGGUGAGGAGAAGUGUACGUGUGGUUUGUGUGUAGGGGGUGUGUGUAGGGUGUGUUUGAGGUGUGGACCUGUGUGUGUAGGGUGUGUGUGGUGUAUGUGUGGAGAGUGCACUGGUGUGUCGGGCUGUGUGCACGCCGGGCUGUGUGCACGCCGGGCUGUGUGCACGCCGGGCUGUGUGCACGCCGGGCUGUGUGCACGCCGGGCUGUGUGCACGCCGGGCUGUGUGCACGCCGGGCUGUGUGCACGCCGGGCUGUGUGCACGCCGGGCUGUGUGCACGCCGGGCUGUGUGCACGCCGGGCUGUGUGUACGCCGGGCUGUGUGUCGAGUGCACAAGGGUAAGGAAGAUUGUGUGUGUGGUGUCUAAGGUUAAGUGUGCGUGAGAUGUAUGUAUGGUGUAUGUGGUGUGCGGUUUGUUUGGGAGGCAUGUUGUGUGUGGAGUGUAUGAUGUGUGUGGUGUGUUAUGUUCGUGGUGUCUGUGUGGAGUGAGGGGCGGUAUUGUAGCGCUUAGCGUGCUGCGCUACGAACCCAGUAAUCCAGAGUUCGAUUCUCACUCACGUCCAACACCGGUGGCAUUCAUUUUAAUUGGUCAUGGGCCUCGCCUCGGUCGACUCGGCCUCUGAGUAAUCGGUGCAAUGUCUAAACAUCGCCACUAAGGAGACAAAGGCGGCCGGGCGUUGUGCUGGUUACCCCAACCCCUUUGCUGUUCCGGCAUGCUCACGAAUUGGGCCUGUCCCAAAAGGGAUCUUUAGUGUGUAGACUGUGGUGUGUAUGGAGUGAGUGUUAUGUAUAUCAACUGUAUGGCGGGACCCCAGGGUCCCAUAAGCCCCCGGCUCUCGCAUAAACAUAAUGUAAACAAAAACUUUGCUUUUUUUCACCAAUGGGUUUGAAGGAUGGUGGCAAGUGUUGUUAAACUUUGCCUUUAAAACUUAAAACUACUUACCUGCAAUACCUCUAUUUAAAACACUAUCGAAAAAAUUAUUUACACCCCUCAGUCAAUAAUCGUGUUUCUCAGUGUGGAUUUGUGAACACACUUUGUAAACAGUACAUAACAUAGUACGCGUUUUCAAUGCGCUGUUCAUAUUGUAACACGCGUUUAUACCAAUGUUACUCUACAGAGUAGUGGGUCGUUGCUCCUCUUAUCCGCAUUGAUACGAACGGUAUGUGGGGACUUUGGCUUAACAUAAAAAAACCUAUCUGCACAGAUGCAUACGGACAAGAGAAGUAUUAUCAAGCAGGAGGAAUUAACGGUACAAUGCAUGUCAUCUGUUAAAUAUCUGCAGGUAAUAGGAUUGUCAUAGAUUGAUCCUGGCAGCAGACAUUGGUAGGUCACAAAUUAUAAUGAAGAUAAGAGAGCAGUUUCACUGUGUUAUGCAUACUGUUAUGACAAAUACAGGACUUAAGUCAUGUAGGCAGUUUGAGCAACUUUGGAUAAGACUUAUGAUCCUGCCCAUACCCGAGCAUGGAGUGCAGCAUUCGUCCUCGCUACGCUUGGACAACAAGACACAGAAUGAUCUGUAUCAGGCGGGUCGCGGCGUUUAUGUGCGCGGUGGUGGGACGGAGUCGCCAAAAAUAAAUUAAUUACGAUUUUGACUUCCGUUUAUUCCGGACCCCGACGUCCCGCCAUAAGGUUCAUAUGAUGGAGAUGGUGUGUGUGUUGUGUAUAAUGUAUAUAGCGUGUAUGCAUACAAUGUGUGUAUGUUGUGUGUGCGUGUUUAUAUUUGUGGAUCGUAGAGUGUAUGAUGUAUGUGAUAUGUAUGCCAUUUGUGGUGUGUAUAGUUUAUAUAUAGUGUGUGGUGUGUACGCUACGUGGAAGAUGUACAUGGUGUGUAUCUGUAUAGUGUAUACAGUAUGGGGUGUAUGGUGGGUAUGUCGUGCAUGGUGUGUAAUAUAUGAUGUGUGUGAAGUGUCUUGUGUGGCUGGUGCAUGCGGUGUAUAUGUUAAAUGUGGUGUGUGUGUGUGUAUUUGGUUUGUGGUGCGUCUCAUGUGUACAUUGUAUAUAGAGUGUGUGUGGUGUUUAUUUUGUGUACAGUAUUGUGUAUGUGGUCUGUAUGUUAUGUGUAGUGUGUGGAGGAUAUUGUAUGUCUUACGUAUGUUAUGUGGUACAUAUGAAGUGUAUCGUGUAUGUGUUGUGUAUGUUAUAUGUGGAGGGUAUAGCAUGUGUGUAUAUUGUUAUGUGGUGUGUAUGUUAUAUGUGGAGGGUAUAAUAUGUGUAUGUAUUGUUUAUGUGGUGUGUCUCGUGUAUUUAGUGUGUCAUGUAUGUAGUGCAUACACGUCGUGUGCCGCGUGUGUACAGUGUGGAGCGUACACGUGUGCCGCGUGUGUACAGUGUGGAGCGUACACGAUGUGUGCCGCGUGCGCACAAUGUGGCGUGUGCCCAGGUGUGCUGUGCUUCCUGGCGGAGGAGCUGGCACGUGGGUACCAGCUGGAGCGGAACGAGGCCUCGUACAGCGAGCGCAGGCAGCGCGUCUACACCUUCCUACGCAUCCCGCGGGAGCUUGAGAAGCUCAUGGCGUUUGGCUCGUGUCUCUGUCUUGACGCGUUCCUCUUCGUCUUCACGCUGCUGCCGCUGAGAAUCGGCCUGGCACUGCUGAGGUUGUGCACCGUCCCGUGCCGGCCACAUGGGCGUAAGCGUUGGCUGGAGCCAGCACAGGUGUGCGAUAUACUCAAGGGAGUCAUAAUGGCCGGUUGCUACGUUUUGAUGCAGCACAUAGACUACUCGAUGACAUACCACCUCAUCCGCGGGCAAUCGGUCAUCAAGCUCUACAUCAUCUACAACAUGCUCGAGGUGGCAGACCGCCUCUUCUCGUCGUUCGGCCAGGACAUCCUGGACGCGCUCUACUGGACAGCGACGGAGCCACGUGCACCAACCCGCCACCGCCUGGGCCUCGUGCCUCACCUCUUCAUGGCCGUGCUCUACGUCUUCCUGCACUCUAUCCUGGUGCUGGUGCAGGCCACGACGCUGAACGUCGCCUUCAAUUCCCACAACAAAUCCCUACUCACCAUCAUGAUGUCCAACAACUUUGUGGAGCUCAAGGGAAGCGUGUUCAAGAAGUUUGAGAAGAACAACCUCUUUCAGAUGUCUAACAGUGACAUCCGUGAGCGGUUCCACAAUGCCGUGCUACUCUUGGUUGUCUGUCUGCGCAACAUGGAACAGUUCUCUUGGAACCCGGAUCACCUGUGGGUGUUGGUCCCAGACGUCGCGAUGGUCGUCGUUUCUGAGGUGGUGGUGGACUUUGUGAAGCACGCGUUCAUCACCAAGUUCAACGACAUCACCGACGAGGUGUACAGUGAGUACAGGGCGAGUUUGGCCUUUGACUUGGUGAGCAGCCGUCAGCGAUAUGCUCACACUGAUCACAGUGACUCAGUGUCUCGGCGAAUGGGAUUCAUCCCUCUUCCUCUGGCAGUGGUGCUCAUCCGUGUGGUGAGUAACUCGGUGAGGAUUCAGGGAGCCCUGGCGUACGCCACCGCGCUGCUCAUCUUCCUCGGGCUGCUGACCCUGAAGGUGCUCACAAGUGUGGUGCUACUGGGGAAGUCGUGUCGUUACGUCCGCAGCGCCAAACUGGAGCACAAGCUCCGCACGCCAUGCACCCCGCAGCGCACGCCACACCAGCAGCACCAGCAGCGGGGCACUCACCACGCCGACUCACCCGGCCCAACGUCUCCGCCCCCCACCUCCUCCUCCGUGAGCCCCCCCCUCCCGUUCAUGCGGGAGCCAUCUCGGUCGCCCUCGUCCCCAGGCGAGUCCCAGGCUUGGGUCCGCUCCCCACGCACGUGCUCACGGGGGGCCGACAAGAGGGGGGCCGCCGGGGUCCAGGAGGGGUCCCCCAGGGGGGAGGGGGAGUCCCCUCAGGGGGGGGGUACCAUGGAGACCCCCCACCGCAGGGAGGAGGAACCUAAGACUGACCUGCUGGAGAUAGACCGCUUCACCAUCUGUGGCAACCGCAUAGACUAGCGAUGGAUAAAUACACACACUUAUACACGCACACAUACACACUCAGAGAAAUACAUACAUACACAUGUACACAUACACGUGUGCACAUAUGCACACACAAUCUGUGGCAACUGCAGACUAGCAGCGGAUAAACACACAUCAUGCAUACACACACUCAUAUACACACAUAGAUAACUCAAUACAUACAAUCUAGAUUUGAAGUUUUCGUGACUGCAGGGAUCCAUACUCUUUGGUUCUUUCGGUAAAGUCAUGUAGGUAUAAAAUAAAAUAAAUUAAAUCACGACGUUUCGGGCGCAACACAAGCAUCCGUCAUUAGGUGGGACAACCACAGCAAGAAACAAUUGCUGAAGUGAGCAAAAGGGCUGCUGUAACAAGAGGCUAUAUAGGUAAGAGAGGGGGGGGGAGGAGCCAGGGAGGAGAGACAGAGAGGGGGUAGGGGGAGUGAAGAGCAGCUAGAAGGGAUUAAAGGGCGAGCAAUGACAAAAUGUGGGGGGGGAAGUGGGCGGGGCUGGGAGUGGGAGGUUGAAGAGAAACUGGAGAUGCGGAUAUGAAGGCAACACCAUAAAGCAUUUAAGGUUUUACCUGGUGAAUAACAUCCUUCCAAUUAUUGCUCAAUUUGUAUCCAUCUUCUUGGUUGAAGUUACGUCUAUGUUUAUAUAUCUGGAUGGCUUCAUGAACAAACCUUUGAUAGUAGCCCGAAGGUUUGCAGAGCACCUUGGUCUCGGAAAAAACAAUAUCAUGAGAGCCCACAGCGUUGUAGCAAUGGUCAGCCACGUGGCAACAUCUACAACCAGACUGCUUAGAGACCUGGGAAUUAAGGGCCAGAGCCAGCGUUCGGCAAUCAAAGCUGUAUCGGAGGCGGCAGAAGGCAGCAGUCAGUGGCUCUGGAUGAAGAGGAAAGACCCCAGCUGGGCCCCAAAGUGAGAGGGCCAGGAGGUAUGCAGUCAACAAUGCUUGACUCAGGGAGGAGGACGCCCCUGCCAUGCAUAGUCCCAUGGGAUGUUGGCUACCAACAACAAGGCAACUCCUAUGACUAAUUGGGAAUGGGACGCAAGCGUAGGAUUGAUCACCCUGUCGCUGGCCGCCUUUGGGGAGGGUGUAUAGUAUGAAAGGCCGAAACACCCUAGGAACCAAAGGGUCACUACUGACGAUGCGCUCCCCAAAUUUCACCAGGCUCACUGUUCAUGAACUCUUGGAAGUGCUUGCACAAAGGAUAGUAACAUCUCAUCCUGUGUUCUUUGGAAUCACGUCGUGAUUUAAUUUAUUUUAUUUUAUACCUACGUGACUUUACCGAAAGAACCAAAGAGUAUCAAUACAUACACAUACACAAUACAAAAACAACGCCCACCAUUCGCCACUGAGUGGCGGUGACGUCACCGCUGUACCUGUGCCAGGCCAGGUGCAUGCAACACAUUCACACGCACACUAAUACACAACUUUAAAGCGCUUCAGUGUGAGAUUUUCAUUUAUUUAUAUAUUGCCAAUGCGAAUCAUCGUCAUCGGAAUGAUCCUGUACAUUUCUCCUGCUUAGACCGCAUGGAAGAGAAACGCGUGGGUGCGUGUGGGAACGUGGCCGCUCAGUCAGUAUAUGAGGGGGUCCCCAGGGGAAUCGGUGAAAAUGGGGUCCCUAUGGGGGGUUCAGUGUAAAGGGGAUACCUAUGGGAGGGGUAGUCGAUGGAAAUGGGGGUGCCUAAUGGAGAGGUCUGUAUCGGGUCGCGGGGAUCUCAUCAUCUGGCAAGACCCCUGUGUAUGGUGCUGUGGGGGGUUAAUCUGCUGUGGGGGGUUAAUCAUGGUGACUGGGCAGGAGCUGUAGGUAGCGCUCUUUGUGGGGCUACUGGUGGCGCUACUCGUGGCGCUAUCGGUAGUGGUGGUUGUGAUUGUGGUGCUGUCAUAUUGGGCCCAACCUCACCAGCAAUAACUUCACUAGCACCGGCCUUACCAUCAGUGUGGCUGGCAAGGGAAGUGAGACAGAGGCAGCAAGCGAAUGCUAGUGAGUGUGAGCGAGUGUGGGGAGUAGUAGUGUCGCUGUUAGCACUCUGCACUUUGAACCCGGUGAACCAAGUGUGAUUUACGCUCACAGACAACAGUGACGAUUAUUUGAACUGGUCCUGGGCCUCCCCUAGGUCGACUUAGUCUCAAAUGAGUACCUUGUGCGGUGUGAACAUUUCCACUGGGGAGACAAAGGCGGUCAGGCGUAGUGCUGGCCUCCCACCCCUUUGUGUCGUGGCAGCCUUCAUAGGUGUUCGCUAACAGCACUUGCCCCAAAAACACUGUUGAGGCCACAUGGGGGAUCUUUAUUAUGAGCAUGAGUGAAUGAGUGAGUGUGAGCGAGCGUGAGUGAGACCGCGAGUUUAUUUAACCGAAGCCUCUGUGUGUUAACUGCGGCAGAAAUAAAAACACGAGAUGGCAUCAA